AUGUUACAGAUACGAAAAGAAGAAGCAGAAGCCAUGAACUCAUCACUUUUAACCCCUUCAUCUUCUUCUUCUUCUCCUCAUCUCCAAUCUCCUGCAACAUUCGACCACGAUGACUUCUUCCACCACAUCUUCUCCUCCGCUCCUUGGCCUUCCUCCGUCCUCGACGACGCUCCUCCUCCCCACACCUCCGAUUCCGCCGUUGCUGGAUUCCACCAUCACGACGUCGACUCCGGUAACCAGAUCACGAUGAUCCCUUUGUCUCAUCACAAUCCAAACGACGCCGUCGAUGGCUCCGUUCACGCUCUCUACAACGGCUUCUCCGCCGGAUCUCUCCCUUUCAACCUCCCUCAGGGAUCGGGAGGAAGAUUGAUGAACCAAACGCAAACGCAAUCGACGGCGACGGCGACGGCGACGGCGUCAACCACCACCGGUGGUACAACGGCGCCGCCACAGACAAAGCCUAAAGUCCGAGCUAGGAGAGGUCAAGCUACUGAUCCUCACAGUAUCGCCGAACGGUUACGGAGAGAGAGAAUAGCGGAAAGAAUGAAAUCUCUUCAAGAGCUUGUCCCUAAUGGCAACAAGACAGACAAAGCAUCAAUGCUCGAUGAGAUUAUCGAUUAUGUCAAGUUCUUACAGCUCCAAGUCAAGGUACUAAGCAUGAGUAGAUUGGGAGGUGCUGCUUCUGUUUCUUCUCAAAUCUCUGAGGAUGCUGGUGGGUCCCACGAAAACACCUCCGGCGAGAAUCAGACGGCGGUGAAGAUGACGGAACACCAAGUGGCAAAGCUAAUGGAAGAGGACAUGGGAUCAGCCAUGCAGUACCUCCAAGGCAAAGGUCUCUGCCUCAUGCCUAUCUCCUUAGCCACCACCAUCUCCACCGCCACGUGUCCUUCUCGUAACCAAUUGAUCUCCGCCGUUAAAGAUGCCGGCGUCCCUUUGUCUCCUAACCUCUCUAUCCAGUCGACUAACACAGCCACUACAACAGCUAUUAACGGUAACGGUUCGUCGUUGGUCACCGUUGAAGACGCUCCCUCCAUUUCCAAGCCGUGA